CAUAUAUAAGUUGCGAUGCAGCUGCACUCGAACAGCAGUUCUAGGCCAGAAGUACGACAGAAUCAGUGGGAGAGUAUCUAUCAUCAGUUCUAUUCUGCAAUGAAUCAUCGGUCGAGUUCGCAUCUGGCGCUGCUUGUCUUGCUGGCGGCUAAUGGAGUUUAUCUGGGAAACGCUCAGGUGCCAUUUCCCGGCAAGUGUCCGGAUGUCAAAGUAAUGGAUAGCUUCGAUGCGGAGGCGUAUAUGGGCAUCUGGUACGAGUACUCCAAAUAUCCAUUUGCCUUUGAGAUCGGCAAAAAAUGCAUAUAUGCCAACUAUAGUAUCAUAGAUAAUAGCACUAUAUCAGUUGUUAAUGCGGCCAUCAAUCGAUUCACUGGACUCCCCACUAAUGUAACUGGAAAGGCAAAGGUGAUCGCACCUGCUCAGUUGGCCGUGGCCUUUUACCCCAGCCAGCAAUUAACCAAGGCCAACUACCAGGUUUUGGGCACCGACUAUGAAUCUUAUGCCGUUGUCUAUAGCUGCACCAGCGUAACCCCCUUGGCGAAUUUCAAAAUCGUUUGGAUAUUAACAAGAGAGCGCCAACCUUCGGCAAAGACCAUUGAGGAUGCCAAAAACAUUUUGGAAGACAAUAACAUAACCCAGGCAUUCCUCAUCGAUACGAUCCAGACCAAGUGCCCUCAACUGGGUGGUAAUGGCACAGAAUUUGCUAAUGAAGAUGACCUUGAUUUGGAUGACUUUGUAACCACGGCAGUGCCAAAUGCCAUUGAGAAGGCAUGAGAAUGGCUGCGACGCUUCUAUGAGCGUCUCUACGACAUAUUCAUGAACUUUUUUAACUACUAAUCCAUAAAAAGAUUAUCAUUGGAAUGUUUUUAUAGUUAUUAUACCAUUGUUAAUUAGCUUGUUAUUGCGAGAAAUAAAAUCGAAGAUGACGAUCAUGUAAAAAGAA